CGAAGAGAUUGUUAAACUUGGAAUUUGAUGUUAUGUAUUUCAGUUUGAAAAGAUGUCGCUCAACCGGGGUAUCGGCAGUGUAGAGUACAUGAAAAAGAGGAUACCGAAAAAUGCGAAGUACCAACAUGUUAAAACAAGGCUGGAUACAGGCUGCAGCCUCACAAAGUAUAUGGAGAGACUGGAAGAGAUUAAAAGAAAUUACAGAUAUAGAAAAGAUGAAAUCUUCAAGCGGUUGAAAGUGACUACAUUUGCACAGUUGAUACUUCAGGUAGCCUCUAUAUCAGACCUAAAUGAAAGUGAGAAUGACAGUGAAUCACAUGUACCAGAAGAUGGUUUGUCAGCAGUUUCUGAUGCAGAUCUGGAGGGUUUAUCAGAACAUACCAACAGUUCUCCUCGGAUGUCACCACAUUCAGACCACCAAGACACAGGAGAAAACAAGGACCUCUGCCAUACUUCCAGGUCAACACUACUGAGUGUUAUCAGUGGUGUUGGAGAGCUGAACCUUGACAGGAACAAUCAGAAGGACAGUGAGUCAGUGGUAAGCUCAGAGCCAGCUGACAGGCCCUACCCAGACUGCCCCUACCUACUGCUGGAUGUACGAGACCGGGACUUAUACGAUCGCUGCCACAUCAUCAGCGCACACAGUUUCCCCAUUGCCAUGCUGUCCCGAACCAUGAACCCCUACUCAAAAGAAGUGCUGGAAUAUAAAAACUCUGCAGGAAGGAUCAUCAUCGUGUAUGAUGAAGAUGAGAUGAUAGCAAGCCAAGCGGCCACCAUUAUGUGUGAAAGAGGGUUUGAGAAUCUGUUUAUGCUGUCUGGAGGUCUCAAGGUAAUUGCUCAAAAAUUUCCAGAAGGCAUGACGACAGGUUCCAUCCCCACAUCCUGCCUAUCCUCUCCAACAUCAUCAAGGAUGAAGAAGGGUUCUGUUGUGCCUCAGCAACCGAUACAAGCAGCAGAGAAGAGAUGGAGAUUUACUUCAGACGAGCUGUCGAAGCUUCAGGAGCAGCUGGAUGACGUCCUCAUCCCCAGUAACUCCAGCAGUCGCAUGUCCAGCCGUAUGUCAACCAGCAGCUCCCAGUCAAAAGCGUCCAGCACUCAGAGUCGACAGAUUUCCUCCACAGCUGGGAGAGACAGCACCAGAGUUCAGAGCAGCAGACCCUGGAAAUGACACUGACCACCAUCCUCAUCAACCCUAAACCUAUAAACAUACCUCCAGUGAAACGCUCAUUCAUGCCAGGUGAUGUUUCUCAUUUCCAUAACUAUUUCCCAUCCAAAACAAACAUUCCUUGCUGCAGUGCAGUCAGAGAUGGAAUGAAAACACCAAAAUCCCUUUAUGAAAGCAACAUUAACACUUUACCAUGAAUGUGCAAAAAUGUGGGUCUUAGCAUCCUCCACCACCUCUACUUCAGAUCCUGAAUGUGAAUUCUUCUCAGGUUUUGUGUCAUUUCCCACUUGAGAAAUCACACAUACCGUGUGAAAGCAGGAAAAUAAUCAGCACAGAGUGCAAAAAUAAAGAAAAAUAAUCUCACUCUUUCUGGUGACCAGCGCACCCUUUGUCUUCUCUGAGGAUCUCUGUCAGAUGAAGGCAUUUCUCCAUUUACUGUAUGUUAUUUUAAAUUUACUGACUGAACGGUAGAUUUUGAAUGUUUGCACAGUGCCUCAUCUGUGAACCUGAAAUGUAUUUGCACUCAGAUUACUUUUUAAAUUACUAAACACUAAUCUCAGACAUUUUUUCAGCAGCUGACGAACAUGAGGAGGUAACCAUUCAGUUUUUAUUUACAUCUCUGUCCUUAUAAGACAACCUUCCUAUUAGUGGUAUACCUAAAUAACUUGCUGAAAACAGAAGAUGCUGAUUUGACAUGAAGGAUAUUCUGGGAUGUUUUAUAUGAGAUGUAAUUUAUAUGACUUAUGUUACAGAGCUUGUUCUAUCCUGUAAAAUAAGGCAAAACUGUGCUGUAUUUUUGUAAUUCUCUUCACAUCGUCAUGAUUCCUACAUCAGCAGCAACCAUUUCUGAUUCACUUAUGCUGUUAUUUGAGUUUCUUUGUGUGUGUGUUUAACAUCGAUUCCUGAAAGCCCACACAGUGACAGACUGUCUCAUCUUCAGUGUCACUAAAGAAGGAAAAUGGGUAUUUUGUUGCUUAUGUUAAAAAUGAACAUGCAGCACUUGAGUAUCAACAGAUGCAUUUGUCAAACAGUAUUGCUCAUUUGUGGCCUUUUGUUUACUCGUGUGGUCGUGACUUGUUGCAUGGUUCAUGAGCAGUUCAUUUUUAGAUGCUUUGAAGUGCGUUUAUUUAAAUGACUGACUUCUUUGCAGGCCUUGUUUGUGUUUUUCACCAUCAAUCUUAACUCACACUAAUGACCUGAUUACAUGAUUUUAUUUGUAAAUUAAUGUGGAAUAAAGUGUUAAUUCUUCUGUA